GCAUGACGAGAAAACGCACUCUGUUCUAAUAACUAGUACUAGUAGUAGUAUAAUAACAAUCCCCCAACUUGAAAGCUUUAUCUAGUAGGCAAAACAAACACCACAACUCUCUAAAGUUUCACUUCUUCUUCAUCUUCUUUGACACUUGUACGAUUUGUACAUGUCGCUUUAUGUUCUGUAAGGAAGCAAAACCCAAGUGAGAGAUUUCAUUAACAAAAACCCCAAAACUGUUUUGUUUUUGUUUUCAUUAGAGUAAAAAAAGUUUCGACUUUUUUUUUUGUUUAUAAGUUUGAGCUUAUCGUAAUCAAUGGAGGUCAACACUGAAACCAUGCAAAAGUCAAAGUUCGGAAGAAUCUGUGUGUUCUGUGGAAGCAGCCAAGGCAACAGAAGCAGUUACCAAGAUGCUGCUGUUGAUCUCGGCAACGAAUUGGUUUUAAGGAACAUUGAUCUAGUCUAUGGAGGUGGAAGCAUAGGUUUGAUGGGUUUGGUUUCACAAGCUGUUCAUGAUGGUGGUCGUCAUGUUAUUGGAGUGAUUCCAAAGACACUGAUGCCUAGAGAGUUGACCGGUGAAACAGUAGGAGAAGUAAGAGCAGUUGCAGAUAUGCAUCAAAGAAAAGCAGAGAUGGCUAGACACUCUGAUGCUUUUAUUGCUUUACCAGACAAAAGCCUGAAACAGUUUCAGAAAAAAGGUGGAUAUGGAACACUGGAAGAGCUUUUGGAGGUCAUAACAUGGGCUCAGCUUGGUAUACAUAACAAACCGGUGGGUCUGCUCAAUGUUGAUGGAUACUACAACUCUUUGCUCUCUUUCAUUGAUAAAGCCGUUGAAGAAGGGUUCAUCAGUCCAACUGCACGCCAGAUUAUAAUUUCUGCACCUACCGCUAAGGAUCUUGUUAAGAAGCUUGAGGAAUAUUCGCCUUGCCAUGAAAUUGUUGCGACUAAGCUUUGUUGGGAGAUCGAGCGGAUCGGUUACUCUUCUGAAGACUGAUAUUAAUCAGGAUUUAUCUAAACAUAUAACUAUCAAUACUUGAUGCAGGAGGAUUUAAGAUGUAUCUUACUCAAGGAAGGAAACAGAUUUUGAAGAUCUUUUAUUAGGAAGAUAAACUAAAAAUUUCCACUGGGGGAGGAAAAUCUUUUGUGUAAAUUACUACUUGGCUUUAACUCUCGAAGUGUUCUUGUGUCUAAGAAUCACCUUUUUCUGUAAUUCAACCUGAGGAAGUUUAACACCUUUUGGCUUUGGUUAUAAUAUAUGCAAAACUUUUCAUGCCAAGGAAACAAAAUUUGAUCUUCAUAUAGAAAAGAACAUCAAUUUUAUUUGUUUAUACAACAUCUGGCUAAACUAAAUUCACACAAAACAAGUAGUUUUCACUCUCAUGGUUACAAAACAAAGGUUCACAGUAAUGCCUUACUCUAAUCUCUACGCUCUGUGCCCUAGUACAAUCAAACAUAUCUGGUUAGAAA